UUUACUAGUCCUCCUAAGCUAGCAAAGUAGUAGAUGUCUGUCAACUGCAGGCAGGGCGAGUACUAGUCCCAGGUAGCUAAAUUCACCAACAGUUCGAGGAUGUCUGGGUAUGACUAAUGACAGAAAACAGAGAAUUAUAUUAGCUGUUUAGCUGGAUUUUACUUCUUACAUAUUGGAAUAACCCAUAGUAAAAUGGACCACAAUUGUGCGGACAUAGAUUCUGAGGGCCGGUGGCAGAACCUAUAUCUUGAAAUACGCAACCAGUCCGACGAAUGUCCUUACAAAGUGGCAAAAUAUCCAGAAAACAGGAAUCGCAAUCGAUACAGAGAUGUCAGCCCAUUUGAUCACAGUCGAGUCAAACUAGAAAACACAGACAAUGAUUACAUUAAUGCCAGUUUAGUGAUGAUGGAGGAAGCCCAACGAAGUUACAUCUUAACUCAGGGUCCACUGCGGGACACGUGUGGCCACUUCUGGCUGAUGAUCUGGGAGCAGAAGACCAAAGCCAUCGUCAUGCUAAACCGUGUCAUUGAGAAGGGAUCGGAGAAAUGUGCUCAGUACUGGCCCACUCCGGAGAAGCACGACAUGACCUUUAGGGAUACACUCUUCAAGGUGACGCUUGUGUCCGAAGAUGUCAAGUCCUACUACACCACCAGAGUUUUGGAGUUGCAAAAUAUCACUACGGGGGAGAUGAGGCAGCUUUAUCACUUUCAUUACACCACCUGGCCAGACUUUGGUGUCCCAGAUUCUCCCGCUUCCUUCCUCAAUUUCCUGUUCAAGGUGCGCGAGUCAGGCUCUCUGGGGCCAGACCAUGGGCCUGCGGUGGUUCACUGUAGUGCGGGUAUUGGUCGAUCUGGAACCUUCUCCCUGGUAGACACCUGCUUGGUUCUUAUGGAGAGGCGGAAGGACUCCACAUCAGUGGACAUCAAGAAAAUUCUCCUGGACAUGAGACGGUACCGUAUGGGCCUGAUUCAGACGGCCGACCAGCUUCGCUUCUCCUACAUGGCUGUAAAGGAGGGAGCCAAAUGCAUCAUGGGAGACUCAUCAGUGCAGAAACGGUGGAAAGAGCUCUCCAGAGAGGACCAUGAGCCUACAUCUGACUCCCCACCUCCGGGACAAGCCUCUAACACCCCUUCAGACAAAACUGGACCUUGGGAAAUUACUGGUGCAAACUCUCCCAGCAAGGAGCAGGAAUCCGAUGGAGCCUUGGGAAAUGGGCGAAAGCGACACCGGGACGAGAGGCUGUCCAACUCCACGCAGAAGACGCCGCAGAAGCAGACAAAGCCCAGACUAGGAGAUUCAGAGAAGAAGAGGAAAAGGGCAAGAACCAGUGAUGCCUGACUCCAUGGCAACACCAGCAGGGAUCUGUAGUCCUUGUCUUCAUCUUCCUCCUCUCCAGCACCUCAAACUCCAUCCACAUGCCUCCCCACAAGAACUGUUUACAACAGAAAUGUGGACGUACCUUUGGAGCAGCAGCGUUGGGACAUGAACACACCAGCACGGUCAUCACAGUUGGAUUGCUUUGGGUUGUUUUUACAAUGUCAAUGUUGAGUUUUUUUGUUUUUUUUUCUCUUAACUUGCUUUUUUUGUUACAUUGGAGAGAAAAACAGCAAAACAACUGAACUAGGCCAAUGUAUUGACACCUCCUUAUGCUUUUGAUAUAUAAAUAUAUAUAUACAUAUGUACUUGUAUUUUUAGACGGCCUUUUCAAAGGCAAGAUGAAAUGUUCUAUUUUUUAUAAGAAAUUACUUGAAAUUUCCUAUCAUGUCCACGGUCUGUAAACUCAGCCCAUAUGAGACAUUACCCAGUCUUGCAUCAGGAAUGCUUUCAUUUGUGUACAUUGUGUUUUUACACUUUUAAAAGUACAAAGUAUUUUAAAUUGUACAAAAAUAAUGGGGAAACAUUGUUAUUUGCUUGAAAAACAAAUUGUGUCCAUGAUCAGUUGCCCUUUGAAUGAAAUUUGAAUGAAGUUUAACAUUUCAUUAUUUGAGACUAUAACCAACAAAUAAAACUGACAUCCUUUAGUUUCAAAACACAAAA